UCUGGGUCUCUUAUCGGUAGCAGAGGAUAGGAUAGGACGGCCUGCAGCAAAGAGCUAGUGCCACAUCGGGCACCACAUCCUGUCCUGCAACGAAUUCCAGUGCAACGAAAUGCAAAUAAACGAAAGCAUGGCGCCCAAGUAGAACAUUCCACCAGCGCCCGACAGCAAGCCAACAAGCUCCUGCUUCUCUCUAUUCCAAUUUCCACUCCGAACUUGAUAUACGCGACCGCGUUCGACCGACUCGAGUCCGUAAUCCGUAUCCGAGAUGACGGAGCAGAAGAACCAGGUGACGCGCGCUGCUCCGGAGCAGAGCAAUGAUUACCGGGUGGUCGUAUUUGGAGCCGGCGGCGUGGGCAAGAGCUCACUGGUGCUGCGCUUCAUUAAGGGCACCUUCCGCGAAAGCUACAUCCCAACCAUCGAGGACACCUACAGACAGGUCAUAAGCUGCAACAAGAACAUCUGCACGCUGCAAAUCACGGACACCACGGGUUCGCAUCAGUUCCCGGCCAUGCAAAGGUUGUCCAUCUCGAAGGGGCACGCCUUCAUUCUGGUCUACUCGGUGUGCUCCAAGCAGAGUUUGGAGGAGCUGCGACCCAUCUGGGCGCUAAUCAAGGAGCUGAAGGGUGCCGACAUCCCCAACAUACCCGUCAUGUUGGUGGGCAACAAGUGUGAUGAGACCGCCGAGUUGCGAGAGGUCUCCCAAGCGGAGGGUCAGGCCCAGGCAACCACCUGGAGCAUAUCCUUCAUGGAGACGUCGGCCAAGACGAAUCACAAUGUGACCGAGCUGUUCCAGGAGCUGCUCAACAUGGAGAAGACGCGCACCGUCUCCCUGCAACUGGACACCAAGAAGCAGAAGAAGCAGAAAAAGGAGAAGAAGUCCAAGGACACGAACGGCUCGAUACCGGAGAACGGCGAUGCGGGGGCCAGUGCCAGCGGCGGGGUGAAGGAGAAGUGUCGCGUUAUGUAAGCAUCAGAUGGCCAGCUGGCCAGAUGGCAUGGGCAUGUGACCCGGGUCACAUUGCGCCGAGCUGAAGUGAACGGAGACGACGGUGACAGACAAAUACUCGCCUUGGGGCAGCACCCUUGGGUGGGGGGUUGCUGGCUUAGGUAGCCACCCAGCCACCCAACCAUCCACACGAGCCACGCACCACACACACCACACACAAACCACACACACCCACACAUCCCCAGAAGAGCCACUUACCCGCAUAUAGAUUUACAUCCAUAACAAGACACUUGUAUUUAGGAACUGACUGCAUAAGUCGCACCACGAUUGCAAUUACGAUUACGAGUACAUUUCGCAUAGGUUCUAUUCGAGCAGAUCAGAUUUUUCUAGUCGCACAGAGGACACGAUACCCAGAUACGAUACCACGUACAUAUAAUACAUAUACAUAUACUAAACUAAACUAAACACACCACGGAAGCUAAACCUAAGUUUUGCACAUAAUCGCAUCUGAAACGUAACGGCAUACAUAUCAAAUGUUUACAUACAUACAUACUGCAUGAUCCACCAGCCAGUCAUAACCAAACCGGAUAUCGAAAUCGAAAUCGAACGAAGCUAUACACUAUAUCUCUAAUGAAAGCCAAAGUACCUACUUAAAGACAUAGAAUCUGUAUCUACUACGAUAUGAUAACAAUAUUUACAUGGAUCCAUCAACGUAAGACUUCUCCGUGAUCGCCACAGAGACCAUCGCGAGGCAUCCGGAACCGGAAGUGGCCGGAAGCGGAAAUGACCGCAAAUGGCGGGAAAUGGUCGAUGCCUCCCCUGACUAUCAUUGCUGUUUAACUAUUUACCACCUAACCAGAAUAAUACAGAUUCGGACGAUUCGCCCAGAUCGCCACAUAAGCUAAUGUAUAAAAUACUCAUGGCCAACAACUCCGACAGCCCACAGUCCGUAAAACAUGAAGAAAUUCGCAAUGGCAUUGUGUUUUUUGUAUUAUAUUAAAUGUGUAUGUACAA